AUGGAUCCUAUGGCGUUCUUCGGGCAGCAACAACCACCACAAAUGGGAUUUCCAGCACGGCUAGGCGUCGACCGCCGUUAUGAGAGGAUACAUACACAAGCCCCGCCCUCACCUCCUAUCCCACAACCUUCAAAUGGACGUAAUCGAAAACGCCGCGCUUCAGAAAAGGCGAUCUCAGAACUUAAGCACAUGCGCUUAAUCGACCUUAAAGAAGAUGAUGACUGCUGUAUUAUUUGCAUGGAACCAUUCGUGGACAUUAAAGCAUCCACAGAUGAACCCAAACAAGAGAACGCCCUUCAGAUGCCAUGCGGCCACAUAUUUGGCUCUCAUUGCCUUAAGCUUUGGCUUAAGGAUCAUAGCACAUGUCCCACUUGUCGCAAGGAGGUAGACUUUGUUGAAGAGGAUGAACGGGGCGCCAUGGCAACAAAUCGUCGGCGGGUUGGUGGUGUAGAUCUGCGUCAUAUUCCUGGAGUGUCAAGUAGGCGUGUGGGACGGGAGGCAACGGUGAACCGGCUUGUAGAAGUAGAGGUAAUUGUUCGGCAGCAGAGGUAUGCUGCCCCUCCAUCGCAAGAGCAGUUGGAGCCAGCAACAGUAGCAACACGGGUUGGCGUGGCAGAAGAAGCAGGAUGGAUGGCUGCGGCAUCGGGAGUGGUAGCAGGUCCACAUGUACCACCGGCACCACCUGCAAAUCAGUUUUCGCAGUAUAUGAGCAUGGUUGGUGGUGCGUUUCCGAGUAUUAGGAUUGAGGCAUCGAUGAAUCGCCAUCUACCCCCAGUAAUGCCUGCUCAGCAGACGGUACCAAGAGUCUGUGGUCCCCGCCCAGGACAUAUCCACAGAGUUGGCGGUUCUCCUGCUUUCGCUCAUGGAGUGUUCCAUAAUACAGGCGCCGCCUUACAUGCACAGCAGCAGCAGCAGAUGAAUCAACCAGAUCAACCCCAUGUACCAGCGAGCAUGCCUCAACGCUCUCAAUCUCAUAGACACUCAUUAAGACAAUCUCAAUAUCAACCAUAUCCAGAGGUACUCACUUCUCACCAUAGCUCGCCGAUCACCCCAGAGUCGAUGAUCGGCAUGUACGGUGUUUCUCCCUUAGGGCUUCCUUCCCCAGGAUAUUCCUCCGUAACAACGAAUAUUACGCCAGAUAAUCCAGCACAGACGCCACUCCCAAACCAAUAUGGUGUGCCACGAUGUCCAUGGAACCCUGCUGUUCGUGCGCAACAGCAGCAGCAGCAGCAGCAGCAGCAACAACAGAUAUAUCACCAGCAGCAACAACAUCAGCAACGUCAACAGCAGCAGCAAGGGAUAUAUCAACAGCAGCAAAUUUCUAACACCGAUCCUUCCCCAAUCUCUCCACUUUCUCGCCUCCAAGUCUCCGGCUCAAGACACGCUUCAACAACUUCACAGGAUCAGUGUGAUUACACAGAUAUGUCCCUGUGUCAACACCAGUUUGGCAACAUCAAUCCUGAAUUCGGCGCCGGCAAUAUCGCACUACUGCCACCAGACCAGACACAGAUUAUACACCUAAAUUGUGGGCAUGGAUUUCAUAGAGCUUGCCUUUUAGUAACAACAAAAUCGAGGGCUCCGAGGGGCGAGGCGCAAUGGUUGUGUGGCAAGUGUGGAAGAUAUGAAAACGAGGCAGAGGGGAGGCAACAGCAGCAGAUAAAUGAACAGUCACAGGAGGUAGCAGAGUAG